AUGGUUUUGGAAGUGAGAACUGGCAGUCAUGGGACUGCCAUAGAUGGGAAUGCGAGGAUUGGAAAUAAUGCAAAUGCCGCUCCUAUUGUCCCGAGUUCAAAUCGACAUUCCAUGGACGAGUAUUACGAGCAAGAGGAGGAAGUAGGACCGUCCGACGAUCCCCCGGCGUACGACAACCUGCUUGACUCUCCAUCUCUUCGCCGCAAGUUCAAUAUCCAGCCGCGAGAAGACGAAGGCCGCGAGAUCCUGCCACCGUACUCGAGUGCGAUCAGUAUACAGAAUGUAUUCUUGAAGAAGAUGGAGUUGGAAGGCGCUGUGCAUCGGGCUGUUGACAGGAACUGGUACCGAGUUGUUGUGACGCUCCAAGGAACGGCUUUGAAAUUCCACAAGUUCAAGGGUUCAGCGCUGUUUGGUGGGAAGGAUGAUGGCGGAAAGCCCGAUGAUUCCAUGGCAUCGAAGAAAGGGGUGUUUUUGAGAAGUUAUAACCUUCAGCAUGCCGAUGUGGGCAUCGCUGCUGAUUAUUUGAAAAAACGCUUUGUUAUUCGUGUUCGUGCUGAGGCAGACCAGUUUCUCCUCUCCUGUAACAAGAUUGAGACUUUCGUUCUUUGGCUACAGUCACUCUUUGCAGCUAUCGACCUUGCGCCGCCUCUCGACGACCGGGAAAUUCCUAGAGAUCUCAGUAUCCCUCGGCGAACCCGGAGACGUGCCAGAGCAGGCUUUACCAACGUCCAGCUGAACGCCAAUUUAGUCCGGGAGCAGGAGGAGAUCAUCUCAACCCAAUUCCCGCAGUUGGCUGGUACUGAUCAAACAGACGAUGCUGGAGAUGCAGCCGUGUCUACUACCCAAGGGGACAUUGAGACGGUCGCUGAAGAUACUGAAUCCAGCUCAACGCCUCCAUCCGUGGAUUCACCAUCUCCGGCUCAAUCGACAGCCAGUCUCUCUCUCCCAGAGCCAGAGCCGGAUCCAGCUUCUGUCUCAGUUGCAGCAUCUGAAUCACGACCAAAUCUACUUUCCCGCGCACGCCACGCAAUCCAAUCAACCACGCACUUGAACCUCACAUCUAACGCCCCAAAUCCAUCCAUUACCCCAGAUGGUAAAUGGCGGCCUCAGCAUCAGUGGACCCAUUUCUAUGAUAUGCUCUACGCUAAACGCUGUAUGGCUAUCUUGACUCACCGCAGUCCUAGGAAGAGCAAUCUAGUGAUCAUGAUGGGCAAGCAAUGGGUAGUCGACUGGGCUACUGGGAAACUGGAGCGGUGUCAACCACCUGAUUAUGGUGAGUUGGAGGGGAAGGAUACAGCGGGCGAGUUCAGGCUUGGACAGUCCGGAACCUUAGUCAGAGUUUAA